UAUUUGAAGGUCAGAAGAGAGGAAACCCUCUCUGCUUUUAUCGCCGUGGUCGGAGCAAACCCACUCUUCAAAGCCGGCAUCCGCCACCGCCGCCGUGGUCUCCAGGAGGACUAUCCAUUCACAUUUCCUCAACAAGUCCAAUUCUUCUCCACGCACCAUGACUACUUGCGCUGGCAACCUUUACACUUGCUGCUGCCCUUCUUACAGUUCGAGAAAUCCCUCGGUUUCCCUAAUUCCCAAACACAGACGCUGCAAUUCUCGGUUUCCGAUUCCGACUCCGUCCUCUUCGAUUUCUGCACAGCCGUCUCGCCUGUUUUUAACGAAAGCGUUGUCGCGAAGCGAUAAAGGCAGCAGUGUCUCCAGUAAGAAGGAGCAAAAGGUGGAGGAAGAGGAGGAGGAGGAGGAAGUGGAAGAGGAUCUGCCAUGGAUACAGGAGAAGGCUUUGGAUUUGGUCGAGUUCACAGGCUCCGUGACACAGGCGAUUCCGGGUCCGCGGGUCGGCCAGAGCUCCCUGCCGUGGCUUCUUGCCGUCCCUCUGGCUUACCUCGGUGUCACAUUUGUUAUUGCGGUUGUUAAGACUGUUCGCAAAUUCGGCUCCCCAAGGGAGAAACGCCGCAAAUUGGUGAAUAAAAACGCAAUGCUAUGCAAAUCCAUAGACGAGCUAUUCGAGAAGGGUGCGAAUGAAAUAGACCAUUCGGCAUUGAAGGAGCUAAUGCAGAAGACAGGUUUUGACUCUGAAGAGAUUUUACGUAAAUACAUUCGUUAUGCAUUGAAUGAAAAGCCAUUCAAUCCCGGAUUAGUAUCUAAUUUGAUCCUACUGAGAAAGAGUUCAAUGUUAGAUGAUUCCCAAGUAGCUGGAAUUCUGAAUGAGAUUUCAAGACGGAUUGUGAAAGAUAAAGGUCCCGUAGUCAUGGAUAUGUCAGGAUAUUCUGAAAAGGGUUUCAAAAGAAAACUUGCAGUCCAAGCACUUUUUGGAAAGGUGUAUUAUCUGUCUGAGCUGCCGGAGUUUUGUUCUAGAGAUAGCUCCUUAACUGUUAAAGAAUUAUUUGGAGUGGCAGAUGAAGAUGCCGAGAAGCUUAGGCUCCACACUGUUUCAGAAGCUGGGGACCUCGAUUCGUUAGAGAAGAUGACUAAUGGCUCGGAUGCUGCCGAUGACUCUGGUGAAGAAUCCUCAAAAGCAUCUUGAUACGCCUACUUAUGCCGUAAGAAAAAAUUUUGUCGAGCUUUUUAUGUUUUAUCUGAUUAGUUAUUUUCUCAGACGGCUAAGCUUUGGAUCAUGAAAUAAUUCUAGAAUUGAUUCAAUAUUUAUGUCACCAAUGAGUUUACCAUUGUCGGCCGUGUAAGUUUUGUGUUCGAUGUGACUCACUUUUCUUUUAUACUAUAGUUUCGUUAAUUAA